AGAGCAAGAUUGAAAAUGCUAUCUGCCUCGUACGUCCUUACCCCUCCUCAUUUCUUUUUCGUCGGAUGUCAGUCCGGCGCCCCUUCAACUCACCGAUUCUCGAUAUGCAUACUAGCCGGACCGCUGGCGGAGCUAAAGAGGCAGAUACCGAAGGGCUUUGAGCUGCUGCACGGAGAGAUGCGAGAGCCGAGCUCGAGACGCUCUGACUGUGACUUUGCAUGUUUUGUUUUGUGUGUGAAACGUACUGAUCCUGGUCAUGGCGCACUUUAGUGGAGCACUGAAGCUUGCUGAUCUUGAUGAUUUUAUCACUCCUUCGCAGGAAUGUAUAAAACCAGUCAAGGUGGAAAAAGUGGCGGGUAAACCAGGAGCUAUACGGAUUGAAGACGAUGGCAGCUAUUUCCAACUAGAUGACUAUGGAGGGUCGAGGAAAUUGGAGAAGGCUCAGAUAACAUUGAAUGACUGUCUGGCUUGUAGUGGUUGCAUCACAUCAGCCGAGAGUGUUCUUAUUACACAACAGAGUCAAGAGGAACUCUUCCGAGUCCUGGAGGAGAAUCAAAAGCUUGCUGUUAACGGAGAGGUGAGCAAGCAGAUGACUGUAAUCGUAACCAUCUCACCCCAGUCUAGAGCAUCACUAGCAGCCAAAUAUAAACUAUCACUUCCUGAAACAGCUAGAAAAUUGACAACUUUCUUCAGAGAACUGGGUGUGCACCAUGUCUUUGAUGAAACCUUUGCUAGGGACUUUAGUCUUCUUGAGAGCCAGAGGGAGUUUAUUCAGAGGUUCAACAAUCAAGCAACAAAAGGAUCGCUACCAAUGCUAGCAUCAGCUUGCCCAGGCUGGGUGUGUUAUGCAGAGAAAACCCAUGGCUCCUACAUCCUACCAUACAUCAGCACUACCAAAUCACCCCAACAAAUCAUUGGUUCUCUAGUCAAAGACUAUGUCGCGCAGUCCCUUCACGUCAAACCCGAUCGUAUCUACCAUGUCACAGUGAUGCCGUGCUAUGAUAAGAAGCUAGAAGCAUCAAGAGAUGACUUCUACAGUGACGUCUACAGGACAAGAGAUGUUGAUUGCGUGAUAACAUCAGGUGAAGUCGAUGCCAUGCUUGCCAAAGAACAAGUGAUAUUAUCAGAAAUAGAAUCUCAGGAAUAUAAUGAAACGUUUCCAUUUUCUGAGGGUGGAUCAGUUUUGAGUCAUUCCGGAGGCGGACCCGGUGGUUACCAUGAACACAUUAUACGUUAUGCAGCCAGAGAACUGUUUGGAAAGGAGCUGGGUGAACUGCAGUACAAAACUAUGAAAAACAAAGAUUUUAAGGAGGUGAUCGUAGAAUCCGACGGACAGAUUUUACUGAGGUUUGCUCUUGCCUAUGGCUUCAGGAAUAUACAGAAUCUUGUACAAAAGAUCAAGAGAGGGAAAUCCCCUUAUCACUUUGUAGAGGUCAUGGCCUGUCCUUCAGGUUGUUUGAAUGGAGGAGGGCAGAUCAAGGCAGAAGAGGGCAUCCCAGCAAAGGACUUUCUCUCUGAGGUGAAUGAACUUUACAACACUGCUCCUACAAGGAGACCGGAGGAGAAUGAGAUGGUACAGACCCUCUAUGAGGACUGGCUUGGAGGAGUGGGCAGUGACAAGGCAAGGACUAUUUUACAUACGCAGUACCAUGAGGUCGAGAAAAACACGAACGCCCUCAACAUCAAGUGGUGAAACGUGAACGUUGAUGGAUUUUCAUGGAACUCUAGGACAUUAAGAUUUAUCAGUGGACUGAAUCAGAGGAAAGAUGAGUUUUUUAAAAUUCUCAGGAUCACUCAGGUAGUGUCUGUUGCUUCGUGUGUUUUUAAUCCGCUGUAUUGGAAAGCGAUAUAUAUACACUGUGUGUAUCAGCUUUAAAAGCAAAACUGUAAAAAUUGGGAGUGUUUCAUCAACAAUUGUCAUAUGACAAGUUGUCAGAUCUGAAAAUUUUCUCUGGUUUUGAUUGGCUGAGAAGCACUGUUACUAUGGUAACUGUCAGAUAAAAUAGACUUUGAUAAACGUCUGAAAAGUCCUUUCAUGAAACUUUCCUCAGGGGUUGGUUUAAAAGUUUACGAUGUAUCUUAUAUUAUACUUUCAAAUAUAUAGAAGUAACAAUUCAAUAAUUUAUAGGGGAGUAAAGUUAAAGGUACAUGUAUUGUAUUGGAAGCGCCGUGGUGUAGCGGUUCUGACUCUCGCCUUGUAAUCAAAGGGUCGUGUGUUCAAAUCCCAUCAUGGUCUAGCGUCCUUUGGCAAGGCGUCAAUCCACACUUUGCCACUCUCACCCAGGUGCUAAUUGGGUACCGGUAGGAAACAACCGUCAUUGUGGUUGGUUUUAGCAAGUUUGCGCCUAACAGGCUGCUUGAAAUGCUAUAAAUCCAGUGACCGGUUAAUAAUAAUUGUGAAGCGCUUUGAACAGUCGUAGAUUGAUAAAGCGCUAUAUAAAUACCAAUUACUAUUAUUAUUAUUAUUAUAUAAUUUUUUUUCCAAACCACAUAAUGAUCUUAUCGUAACUAAAAGAAAUGUCAAACAUUGAAUAGAAAUUGUUAUAUAAAUUAUGAAAUCAUGAUUGUUGUGACAGGUCAAAUGGAAAAUGUAUAUGUCUCCAAAAUUAAUGUACAAUGCUAGUACAAAUAGCAAAUAGGCAUGAGUGUGAUGGUACAAUAUUUCGCACGAGGUAACGCAUAGCUGAGUUGAAUAGAAUGUCUUUCUUUCACUGAAUGCAAAAUAUUGUACCAUUACAAAAAGAGAGAUAUUUGCUAUUUGUGUUGUACAAUGCCUCAGAAGUUAGCAAAAUACAAGUAGGGUAAAGAAUAAUCAAUGUUUCAUACUCAUUUUCAUGAACACGAGGAUACACUUAUUGUAAGCAAGAAGACAAAUCCCCAACCAGUAUAAAAAAAGCCUAACUAGUGCUGAUUCAAGCAUGUAUCUGCAGCAAAAUUGUGCAUUUAACCAGAAGGCCUAAGUGCAUUGCACCUGCAUUUAUUUACCAAGUGCAGUGAUCGGAUCAUACUGUGACAUUUUUUGUACAGUUUGGAUGAUACAUGUGUGAUGGUUCACUUGUUGCACGUUGAGCCUCCCAUUAGUUUGCGGUAAACGAGCUAAGUAGGGGUUGUACAUCCCAGUUUCUUGUACAAUAUUGAUAAUCAACUCUUGUCCAGAAAGAGUCUAAUCUCUGAAAUAAUUACUUAAAAUCAUUUAAUCUACUGACCCAUUAAGAAUAAAAUGAUGUUUUAACAGGAAAAAAAUAAAACAAGCGAUGUGCUUCCUUUUUGUUGUAUACAUUUAGGGGAACUUACAUGUGACUCUGCCUAAGUCAAAUCUAGGACCACAGUUAUCUGUUCCACUUAUGGGAAACUUUGACUUGGAACACCUCAUGAUUUGCAUAUUUUCAUCUGAAAUAAUGGUCCACAGUCAUUUUCCACAGAUAGCUUAAUUUGAAUCAAAUAUUAAUUCUGCUGAUUGGUAAGACAGGUGACUCUGCUAAAGUCAAAUAUUUUGGGACCACAGAAAUCUGUUCAACUUUAACUACAAAUUUUACUUGGAAGAUGUCAUUACCCCAGUGCAUGUUCUGGUCUGAAAUAAUGCUUUGAGUUAGGCGAUAUUUGACUUUUCAAUGGUGGACUUAUGCAAAGUCUACUGUCACUGAUAUGUACAAGUUAUGAUAGAUAUAUUGGUAACUAGGUGAAUGAUUAAUAGACACAAAGCGAAAGUCUUUCUUCCAUGUUAAUCAAAGCUGUCACAAAUAUAAUUGUGUCAAUUUAAAGCAAAUGCACCCUGACCAACACUGUUCUCUCAUUUACUCUGUUAUAAAGAGCUAGUCUUAGAAUCGGGGAUGAUGUCGAGGCCGUCCAUGAGGCCAGAUUUUUCCAGCUUUGGCCUGAGUCACCUGUACAAAGUGUAUUGGAUAAGGUUUUCUCCAGCAGCCUCAUGACUUGAAUGCACCGGCCUUGACUAUAUCCCUGAGAGGAAAAGUACUUGUUUGCUACUUGGUUUCACAAUUAAAGGAAAAUGAAACCCAAAUCUUAUACCAAAUAACAUCAUUUAAAAAUACAGGAUAAUCAAAAUGAAUCCACUUCUACUCCAAUCUGAUUUCCCGGUACAGAGUACCACCUCUUUAAAGUUAGGCUUCUUCAGGUUCGAAGUCUCUGGAUGGAAAUCGCCCAUUUUCACUGGGUUAGUUCAAAAUUGUGACGUCUGCAACGAACUACAUCUCUAAUACGUUUGCUCAAUAUAGAUUCUGUUUUAUCAAUAAUAAAUCAAAUAUACACAUAAACACUCAUAAAAAUAUUGUUCCAAAUGUCUUUGAUAUUAUAUUAUAGUUUCAAAAUAUGAUUUGAUGAAUGUUAAUAAUUUUUUUAGCCAUAUCUACGAUUAUCAAAUAGGCAAAUUUUAGCUAAUUUGCCAAUUUGGAAAAUAUAGAUAACGAUGUAAAAUUAAUCAUUUUGAUUAUCAUGUAUUUCUCAAUAUGUGGUGUUAGGUUUUGGGUUUCAUUUUCCUUCAAUUUGGUAUGAAGUGAAUGCAUUGAUUAGUGGAUCAGUGUUUGCUCAUUCAGGCGGGCCUAUAUUGAAUGAAAACCCAAAAUUUAUAUUUUAUAUCACAAGACUACUCUGCUGAUCAGAAUGUUGCAUUAUGGGUAAGGGACCUGGCCCGAUUUAAGUAACAAUAAUAAAUAAUAUGUCAUUGAGUCCCACAAAAACCAAAACACCAAAUUAUUGUUUAGUUAUCAUAACUUAAUAACAAAUACAAUAGACAAAUGACCUAUUACUGUAAAACUUAGAAUCUCCUCUUUCAUUUGGUAUAGCUCAUAUGAAUUGUGCAAUAGGAAUUUUCAAUAGGAAAUUAUUUAGUCUAAAACAGAAACCCAGUCUAUUGGGCUUCAAGGCAGUGAUUUCAAGCUCCAUUUUAAAAACUUGUCAGAUUCAUUUUCCAUGAGUGUCGGUGGUAGAACUAUACAGAAUGUUUAUUCAUAGAAGUGAGGAUAGGCCAGGUGCGUUAAUUUAUUAUAACGUUUCCAAUAUCUUACCAUAAAUAAAAUAAAAGCAAAUGCAAGCCCAAGGCAAGCAAAAGAAUUCAAUUUCUGUGAAUAAAUAUUUGCUUUGCCCUCUGUUUGCUUGUAUGCAGCAGGUUGGUUCAGGUUUGAACAAAUAUUUAGUUGGGUCUUGUAUUUCAACGACAUGAAGGGAAAGCUUCUGUCUCUUCUCCAUUAGGCAACCACAACAAAACACUGCCCUAACCCGACAAGAACUUGUAUAAUUGGACAACUUUUCUUUUCAACCCCCAAAAGAAAAAAAAAAGUGAUGUCCAACCCUUAUUUUCAUGUAUUUUAACAUUUUUAGAACAACAGACUGAUGUUGAUUAAAAUUUAUUCAUGGCAGUGGAACAUCAUUUAUAUUAUAUCCAGGGAACACUUGUGCCCGAACAAAUCUUGAUCUCCAUGUAAAAAAUAUUUCUAGGGGCUCUUUCAUAUUUUACCAUAAUCAAAUGUAAAUAAAUACUGUUUCAUCAGUUACGACAAUCAUUUUUAGACGAUAUUGUCAGACAUUCUUGCAGUCUCAUGUCUGUAAUAUUUAGGCAAGAAUCUGUGUGUGGUAUCUUAGUUUUAUUUAUUUUAUUAUGGGGGGGGGGCAUUUACUUUCCAAUAACUCACAAGAUCUAGCUUCAUAAUUUUUCAUUUUCUCUGCGUAAACAUGUGUAAAGUGUGAUAUUAUUCAUUUGUAAAGAUUGAAUUAAUCCAGGGGUGGAUUUAACCAAAAUAGAUAAUACUUGGGGCAAGCCCACCAUUGUGCAAAAAUACUAUGGGCUAUGGAAUGGUAUUGUAUCUAACCCAGCUAGAUCCACCUCUGUAUUCAUUGUCAGACAAAUGGAAAAUACAUUGUAAAAUACAUGUUGAUAGAAAUAUAUUAGAAAUCUGAUAUUUAAGAGUAAAUUUUCCAAUUAAAAUAUCU